UUCAGACUCGGAGGAGGGGGCCGGGAAGUGGAGCCUGGAACGUUCAGGAAGGAAACUCAGGAUCUCCCCCUUUUUCUGAGGUGAGGAAUGGUUCGCUCCAGGAGCUCUAUCCUCCUCCAGACGCUCAAAGAAAACUUUCAAAACUUCUGUAAAAAUGGACUCAGAGGUGAAUUUAAACAGGAGAGAACUUUUAGAAGUUGACAUAUGCGACGACAGCGGCGUCUUUGUCAACUCUGCCGCCGCCCUGCAGGAUGCAUUCUCCGGCUUGCACCAGUGGCCGAGCCCCGCAGAGUCCCCGAGUGACACAUCAUCACCUGCGGGGCUGCAACGCGUGUCCGCCGGGGAGCGCAGGUGCUCCAUCGUGGACGGCCUCCUGGUGGAGCUGUAUGAGACGUACGGGGGUGGAGGAGGCAGGAUGGACAGCUGGGACAGCUCCACGGAGGCGUCCGGCUCUGACGCCUUCCUGGGCCGCAGUAACUCCGGGUCCGGGUUCCUGCAGGAGCUGCAGGAGAAGCACACCAGGAGGCACCAGAUGAGCUACCUGGCCCAGAAAGCCCCGGAGGAGCUGCAUUCAAUCAUCCAGGAGGUCAAAUACCGUACGGGCCUGCAGUCCACCAAGCUGCUUCGCCAGCUGAGGAGGCGGGACCGACUCUGCCACAAACUGCAGAAGAACUAUGACAUCAUCACGGCCUGCCUUCAGGCUGUCUCGCAGAAACGACGAGUUGACACAAGGCUGAAGUUUACCAUCGAACCAUCGCUGGGAAAGAAUGGAUUCCAGCAGUGGUACGACGCCCUUAAAGCAGUGGCCAGACUCCCUACUGGGGUACCGAAAGAAUGGAGGAAGAGGGUGUGGCUAACGCUAGCAGACCAGUACCUCCACAGCAUCUCCAUCGACUGGGAGAAGACGCUUCGCUUCGCCUUUAACGAGCGCAGCAACCCGGACGAUGACUCCCUGGGCAUCCAAAUCGUCAAGGACCUGCACAGGACGGGCUGCAGUUCUUACUGUGGCCAGGAGGGCGAGCAGGACAGGGUGGUGCUGAAGAGGGUGCUGCUGGCAUAUGCCCGCUGGAAUAAAAGUGUCGGCUACUGCCAAGGAUUCAACGUACUGGCUGCUCUCAUUCUGGAGGUUACAGAGGGACAUGAGAGCGAUGCACUUAAGGUGAUGAUCUAUCUGAUUGACAAAGUGCUGCCGGAGAGUUAUUUUGCCAACAAUCUGCGAGCAUUGUCAGUGGACAUGGCGGUGUUCAGAGACCUGCUGCGUCUAAAGCUGCCCAGACUGUCCCAGCAUCUCCACCACCUCCAGAAAAAUGCCAACAGAGAGGCCGGAGGCAGCUACGAGCCUCCUCUGACCAACGUGUUCACUAUGCAGUGGUUCCUCACAAUGUUCGCCACCUGCCUGCCGGCGCCCACCGUGCUGAAGAUCUGGGACUCGGUUUUCUUCGAGGGUUCCGAGGUUCUGUUUCGGGUCGCCAUCGCCAUCUGGGAGAGACUGGGAGAGAGGAUCGAGUACUGUCACACAGCAGAUGAGUUUUACAGCACGAUGGGUUGUCUCACUCAGGAGAUGCUGGAGCACGACCUCAUCGAUCCUCCUGAACUCAUGCAGGAGGUUUACUCCAUGGCAGUGUUUCCUUUCCCUCAACUGGCUGAGCUGAGAGAGAAGUACACCUACAACAUCACUCCGUUCCCUACCUCAGUCAAAUCCAGUGGAAGUGGCGUUCUGGGCAGCUGGGAGAGCGACGACGAUGCCGACAUGGACGAUGAGGACUCUGUGGUCACGGCUCUCGGUUGCCUCGGUCCCCUGGGAGGCCUCUUGGCCCCGGAGCUGCAGAGGUACCAGAAACAUCUCAAAGACCAUCGAGGAGAGCAGGGGAACAUCGCAGAGCUGAGCCCAGGAGCGGUGGGAGCUGGAGGAGGUGGAGCAGGAGGAGGAGGAGGUGCCAGGGCGGAGCAUCAAGCAGCAAUCAACAGCAUGAUGACGGAGAGGAUGAGCACCGACAUCUACGCCCUGAAGAAGCAAUAUACACGCAUCAAAAGGAGGCAGCAGCAACAGGCUAUGCAACUCUACAUACGCACAGGACUUGGAUCUGAAGUGGCCAUAAAUCCAGGGGUUCUCCAGGAGCAUCACAACAAACACAGCGACAGUACAGACCAGCACACUGACGACAAAUGUCCCGCCACCCGUGUCUUGCCCUCCCAACUCAACCCUUCGAGCACCGUAAUCAACCACCUCCUUCUGGGUCGGAAACCACGCGCAGACCUCCGUGGCUCCAGACCCACAACCACUAGCACAUCCACACUACCGGGGUCCAGACCUGCGUCACUGUCCCAGAGUCAGGGCUCCCCGUCCAGGCAGCGCUGUGGCUCGCUGCUCUCCAACAGCACUGGAUCUCCGGGGAGCUCUGGAGGAGGCGUGGGGUCGCCGUGGAGAGCUCAUGUCCGGGUUCAUCGAAGGAAUAUCGCCAGGGCUCGAGCACAGCUGGGCUUUGAGGAUUCGGUGGAAAGGGAAGGUGAUGAUGAUGAGGAGGAAGGAAGAUCAGAGAUAUUUGAGGAUGAAGAGGAGAGGAAGAUUGAAGAAAAUGAGAGGGAUGAUGAGGAGCAGAAGGAGGGGAGUGACUCCUUUGUGUCUCCUUCUCCUGAUUCCUCUCUUAAAGGAUCAGCGGGUGAAGAUGAGACAACAGAAGUUUCAGAUGUGGUGGUGCAGCUGGACUCUCUGGACCUCGAGGACGCGUCAAAUCUGACCUCCCCCAUCAACGCAAACCCGGAUCCACAACCAGAGUCCAAACCCGCACCAGAAGUCCCUCUUCUCCCUCCUCCUCCUCCCCCAUCCUCAAAAAGACACAAAGAGUCCGAUUCCUCAGGUUCAGAUAGAAGCACCGCCUUUGACGGACACUUACCCUCCGUCGCUUCACCUCCACCCCCACCUCUCCACUCCUUCAACUCCACUCCCUCCACCCUGAGUCCCUCCCCCUCUCCGGUCCCUACAUCGGCGUCUCUCCAUCCGUCCGGCUCGUCCUCUCCUACGCCCAACUCCACAUCCUGCCUUCCAUCAUCCCCUUCAGCUAAUGGCCUUUCCUCUCUCACUCCUCCUGCAUCCUCCACCUUUUACAAAACCUCCUCCCCCUCCACCCCGUCACUUUCCUCUGUCUCCACCUCGUCCAGAUACCAGUUAUCCUCCUCCCCGUCAACCCCGGCGUUGUCGUCCACCGCCGCUCCCAAACAGCCGGUCUUUUCCCCGUUCCCUAGCGUGAAGCAGCCCAGGAGGUCGACGGCAGCCAGAAACCUGGGUCUCUACGGUCCCACGUCCAGAACCCCAACAGUACACUUCCCUCAGCUCAGCCGCAACCUCAACCGUAGCAGCGCUGCGGGAACAACCGGGAGCCGAUGAAGACCUCCCCGCGUCCCCGAACCGAAGCUAAGAAACACACAGUCGUUACAUGAUGUGAAAAAUCAUUCUAUAACUACACCGUGUUGCCUCCUGCAUAUCAAGAAAAUAACACCACACCUUGUUUGAAGUAGACUGAAAGUUGUAGAAAUGUAAAGUUCAGACGAGAUGUUGACAUGUGAAGAUUGUGGUUCACUUGAUAAAGGGGUCCUCAAGCCAUUACAGACUAGUUCACUAUAAAGUUUUAUUGUUUAAACAGCAUUGGUACUGUACCGCUAAGGAACAUAGGACUCUUAACAGUGUCAAACCCUUUGCAGUGGCCUAUGCAGGUUUUUCUUCACUAUAAUGGAUACAUGCUAACAAAAAAAACAAGACAUCAGAUGUGAAAUAUGUUUGACAGACUCUCCAAAAAAGUUACAUUUGCAUUGGUGUCCCUUCAAUAGCGGUCUGUGAACCUUGGGAAAACAAUUCCCCCUGGACUGAAUCAUGAAGAGACUGACCUGCUUCCUUCUGGACUCAUAUUGACACAUAUUCACCUUUUUUUUCCCCCUAUGAGAUAACACAAUAGCCAUCCAGUUGUUUCUAACUAAGAAACAAAAGAUACCUAAGAACUGCUGUAAAUGAAGAAUAAUAAAAACUGUGUGUGUGUCCCAC